AUGACAAGUCUCAAUUCCGAUCCUGCCCUUCACAAUGACUCUUCACAGAAGCAACAGAAACAACCUCACUCUAAUCUUUUCACGCAAUUACUUCGAAAAGUAUUUCUCAUUCUCAUAACUCUCAUUCUCACUCUUGUGUUUUUAUUGUACAUUUUUGUCGUUCUCAACAUUCCACAAUUGGUAUUUUUGGUGGCUCUUCACACAUUGGGAAGACUUGAUUCACGAAUUGCAUUGAAAAUUAAACAGUUAAAUAUUGGAUUGAUUGGAUUUGGAUUUUAUUGGUUUGUAUUCUUAUUGGAAGUCUUUGCAGAUGUGGAAUUGGAGUUUAGUGGAGAUUUUAUUGAACCUGGUGAAAAUGCAUUAAUGAUGAGUAAUCAUUUGAGUAAUGUGGAUUUUUUAAUUUUGACUGCUAUUGCUUAUCGAAAGGGAAUGUUGAGUUUUUUAAAGUAUUUGGCAAAGAAGGAUUUGUUGUACAUUCCAUUCUUGGGAUUCCCUGCCAUGUUAUUGGGAGGCCAAAUUAUUCUAAAUAGAAAUUGGCAACAAGAUCAACAACAUUUACAAGAAUCAGUCAAUUCAGUUCUCAAAGAUGACAUUCCAUGUUACAUUACACUCUUUCCAGAAGGUACAAGACUUUCAGAAAAGAAUUUAAAAAGUUCCAUUCAAUUCUCAAAGGAAAGACAAUUGAGAGAACUCUCCAAAGUCGUGUAUCCUCGUGUGAAAGGUCUACGAAUGAUUUUACAAGCCAUCAAAAAUCAAAAAGCUUCUUCCAAGCACACCAAAGGAGUGAAAUGGGUCUAUGAUGUGACUCUUGGAUAUCCACCUACUAGACAGUUCAUUAAGGCCUAUGAACAACAUGGCUCUUCCUCCUCUCGUGCUAUUCAUACUACUCAUACUACUUCAACAGCUACUCAUACUCAUACUACAACAACAGGUACUACUACUACUCACACACAACAACAACAACGAGUAUUCCCUGUGUUGCCAUUCGCCGAUUUACUGAUGAAAAAUUUGAGUGGACUUAAAAUAUGUGUCAACAUUAAGAAAAUUGAUAUUGAUUGCAUUCCGGUGGAUGAUGAAAAACAAUUCACAGAGUGGUGUUAUGAAAGAUUUUACAGAAAGGAAGACAUGUUGAUUGAACUUGAAAAGAAUGCUUUGGAACUAUUGAAACAGCAUUCUCAUCGAAAUAUUUCGCAGAGUGAACUCUCUGCAUGUUAUUCGUUUAAGAAUGAGAAAAUUUUGGAUGAACCUUUUAGAUUUACACCUUGGUGGUAG